AUGAAGCUCCCACAAGGAAAUACCGCUUCUCUCGCUAUGGAAUCUAGUAAAAAUCGUAACUCGCAAAGCAAAAAGGGUGCAAAGAGAACCACCACUUCAAAUGAAAAUGACAAGUUGAAGGCUUCAAAUUUUCCGGCUUCACUAUUGAGGAUUGGCAAUUGGGAGUACGCUUCAAGUUAUGAAAACGAUCUGGUGAUGAAGUGUUACUUUGAAAAACAAUGGGAAGUUCUCAGAGGUGGUCUCAAGAGUAAAAUAGAAAUUCAGUGGUCUAAUAUUACAGCUCUGAAGGCAACCUGUGCUGAUAAUGACUCUGGCACGUUAACUAUACUGAAGAAUCCAGAGGUUGAAUUUGAUCAAGUGGCUGCUGCUCAUGGAUAUUCGCUCUCUAGCUUCCAGGAUGUAGAAUUUGCAGCUGCCUCACAAUCACCUCCCUUGAGUUUUGGACAGAAAUUUAUUGUGAUGGAUACAUGUGCAUUUGAAUGGAAUGGAACUUUUAGAGGACAUGAUUAUUCAGAGCAACAAAGGUGGGAACAACUGAAGGUGCCAGGCCUCCAACCAUCUACCUCAAAGAGUGAUCUCAUGUACCACAUCAGAAACUGUAUUUCAGAACAAAUAACUUCUGGAUGUGUAAAUUCAAACAAGACAUCAGAAUUUUGGGAUGAAAUGGAAAACAUUAAAUAUGAGUUACUGAGUGAUACUGAAUGUGCAACAGGUGCUAACUGUGAAAUAUGUGUCAGUUCUAAUCUCACAAAUGACUCGAUGAGCGAAAAGACUAGUAAUGAUAUAUCGGCCACUCAAGAAAAUUAUAGUUCUGGUUUUGGUUGUAGGCCAAUGGCACCUUCAAUGGUCAAUAAUAAACUCAUUUGGAGAAUUUGCGCUUCAUCUUCCGUGCAUUGCCUCUUUUAG